UGUAGUGGUCCUUCUCAGUCUGUUCCCCGUUUAACCUUUCUUCUCAAACAGUGUCUGCUGAAACACUGCCGCUAUUUUCUCCCACAUGUCGUCUGCUAGUGCUAGUCUCUUCCAAAAUGUCGUCUGCUGGAUGUAGCAGACGAUCGCCUCUGGAUCAGACGAAAGUUUAUUAAUUUAGUGAGUAACCGGAGCCUCCAAGUAGUGGUUGUACGAACUUUGGAAAGUUUAAACGGACGGGGAAAACCAAACACAUGAAAGGGUCCGGAUUCUUGAAGCAGACGACCCUGCGAAUUUCUACCGGAAACGGAAGUGACAACUUCUUAUAUAAGCAGUAUGAGCCCGUGCAUCUGAUUGGACAGUUGUGUGAAAAUUCUGGAGAAGGAACAGCUUGUGGAUAACGACACCAGUGACAUCUUCGUGGUGCCAGUUUAUCAAAACUACUCCAUGUUAGACAUAGAUGAAGAAUUCACAGCCAAGCAUUACUAGCAACAUUAAUAUCAUGACAGUCAUUUUGCCAGUGCUAAACUAAGCAAACUACCAUACAUUAAAGUUCUAGAAAGAAGGGACAAGUGUGUUCUUUUGAAGAUCCGAAUUGUCAAAUUUUUAAAAUCACAGAAACAGAACAUUCCUUUGCAUAUAUUGAGGAAAUCUGUAAAGUGAAGUGAUUACCAUUUCGACAGAUUCAUCUUGUAACCUACCUAAUGGAACAUGAUUCUUGGAUCUGGAGACAAUUAGAUCUAGCACCAUCUAAAUGCAAUUUCUAACUACUUUUUAUAACAGGAUAAGUACAAAUCGAUUUGAGAAGUAGACUUAGGGCUUGGCCAGAUAAGGAUUAGAUUAGGACACUCAUUGCAAAACUGUUUUAAAAAGGAUGUCGAAGGUUGGGUUUUGGUCAACAAGAGUGACAUAGUCUCAGAUCGCAGGGAUGUAUUGGAGGAAGUGUAGCAGAACUAUAACAUCACUGUUAGCUUGCAGGAAAAUCAGACGCUUUCUGGUUGUUUCUGUGAUAUUUAUUUCUAUUAUAUCACUGAUCCUUACGCGUGAGACGUCAAUGUACGAGUGGCAAUCGCGGACAAAACUUCAACUAUUCGCUAUCAGAAAUGUCCUUGAGAAUAAACAUUUCAUCUCAGUACACAACACGACAUCAACGUCGACGCCACCCACCACUACCACUACUAUUUCGCCAGUAGUUAAAGACAAGGAAAUUAGACGCUUGUUUGACAGCAGAUUUAUACCUAUGGGCCAUAAGUCUAAGAAACGUCAUCCACAUUUACGAAAAUUUCUGAUAUCCAGCGAAGAUGUCUGUAAAGGAAAAUCGGUGGACUUGCUAAUAUAUUUCAACAGUGCUUGGAAUAAUUUUCAAAGGCGGAGAAUACUGCGAGAGACUUGGGCUGGUAAAAACACAUUCCACAAUUUGACUAUUAGGACCAUUUUCAUUUUGGGAAAGCCAAGUUCAUCUCAUGAUCAGAUAAAAAUUCUUAACGAGGCAGCGUCGUACGGUGAUAUAGUCCAAGGAGAUUUUAUAGACAGUUUUCAAAAUCUGUCAAUGAAAGCUCUGACGUGUUUAAAAUGGAUCAAUGAUUACUGUAUACAUGCAAAAUACGUCAUCAAAGCCGAUGAUGACAUCUUUGUCAAUGUGUUCAAAGUAGUUGAGGAUAUUCUUCCAAUGUUAUCAUCCAGAAACACAACAGUUGCUUGUCACUUCAAGACCAGUGGAACAAGCGUGAUUAUUAGAGACCCAAAGAGUAAAUGGUUCGUGUCGAAGGACGUCUUUCCUGGUCAGAAACACUUUCCAGAUUUCUGCACCGGAUAUGCGACGAUUUUUACAAAUGACGUCAUACCGAAGAUGUACGAGGCAUCAUUCAGGGCUCCGUUUAUCUCCAUCGAUGACGUCUACAUAUUCGGUCUCUUGCCACAGUUUUUCAAGACUUUGCAUUACAUUGACAUAAAGCAAAACUGUACUCUAAAUAACAAAAUAGCGCUGAACCAAUACCAACACCCAGAGACUGCGAUCACGUACGUUGUGGCAAACGCCUGGGAAGACGGCAACAUGCACGCCUAUUGGCUUGCAGCGAUGUCGAAACUGUCUUCGUGGGCUUCCAGACAAGCUCGUAUAAUUAACUUGAGGCAAAAUAAGGGUCCAGCUACACUGUGAUAAAUAAUUUAUCAAUAUAGGAUUAGUGUUCAGAGAGGGAUCCAAGAAAUAUUUCGGGAAGUGUGUGUGUGG